AUGGCUAUGUUUAGGUGGAGAGUAGACACCCCUGCUAAGCUGGAGUACUUUAGGCAAGAGUUUUCCAUUCUAGCCAACGUUCAGAUCAGGUUGGCUAGAGAGGAAAACACUAUCAUGCCAGUUAGGUACUCAAUGCCCUUUUCUGUGGUAGCAUUUAUCAAGUGUGGACUUCGGUUUCUCUUAGACAACCUUUUUAGGAAAAUCCUCCACUACUACAAAGUCAACCAUAUGCAGCUAGCCAUUAAUUCCUAUAGGGUCAUUAAUGGUAUAAUUGCUCUAGCUCGCCGAGAAAACGCUAAGAUAACACCAGCCGAUAUCCAAUUUUGUUACACUAUAUCCCAACAGGUUCCGAGGCCUAAAAAAUCUCGAAGCAAGAAAGAGAAGGAUGAUGAAGAGGAGAUACUGGUGAUCGAAGGAAUAGAGGUGGAUCAAGACGUGUUUGUGAAGUUUGAUGUGCUUAUUAAUGAUGAACAUGAGGUGAUCGGACCGGACAAUACUGAGUUUGCUGGAAGUUUUGUGAAUGUGCCUCAUAAGCAUAAGCAUGGGAAGAAGAUCAAGACAAUGUUGAGGUUGGGGAUUGCUGAGUUGUUGGAGGAGUUGGGAGCUGAGGAUGAUGAUGGUGUGUUGGUGACUUUGGUACCUAAGAAUGGGGCUGGUGCUGUCACCAUUGGUGGUGUCAAGAUAGAGUUUGAUUCUUGAAUCAAUAAUCGGCCAUGGUUAUGGUCAGUGUUGGUGAAACAGUCAUAAACCAAGUGAAUAAUGACAUCGACAAUCUAAAUUUAGUUAUGUAUUGUCUCAUAAGUUAAGUGAAUAAUGACAUCGAUAGUCUAAAUUUAGCUAUGUAUUGUCUCAUAAGUUAUGUAACGGCUCAUUUAAAUUGAUGAAUGUAGUAAUUAGUCAUGAUUUGUUCAUGAUUUGCAAUUUUUAUUUUUAUUUUUCCAUUCUUUCAAAGUUUUUUUGAUCAACGCUUUUUUCGGGUAAACAACAAGCAUCUGAGGGCAAUGAAAAUAAAGACAGUAAUUCAUUUU